AUGGCCUCCUGCAUCCUCCUCCUGGGCACCCUCCUUCUGCUGCUGCCUCCACCCACCCCAGCCCCCUGCCACACUGCCGUGCGAUCUGAGUGCCAGAAGUACCGCCACCACUAUGUGCCUGGCGUGCAGCUGGCUGGGGAAGGCAUAGACAUAACCACUCUCAAGCACUCGAACCAUUUCCCAGUGGACAAGCAGCAAGUCCAGCGGCCCGAUGGCACCUGUACCCUCUGCCACAGCCCUAAGAAGCCAGAGGAGCUCUGGAUCCUGCCCCUAGCAUUCACCGACUGGCGCACCCUAGGCACCAACUGCCAUAGCAAGGUGAGCAAGUCUAAUGCCAUCUCCACAGAGGCCGUUGUCAGAGAAGUGACCAAGAGCAUCACCAACGACUGGAAGGUGGGGCUGGAUGUGUCCGCCCCCAUGGACAGCAAAGUACAGGUGACCAUGGCUGGCUCUCACUCCUCGGCGGCCAACUUCGCUGGGGAGAAGAUGCACCAAGACAAGUACAGCUUCAGUAGGGACUUGGUGGAGUGUCGGUUCUACAGCCCCCGGGACCCAUGCCAGUGUAUGUGCCAUGACUCGCAGGUCACCAACCAGGAAUGCUGUCCCCGGCAGAGGGGCCUGGCCCAGCUGGUAGUAACCAUCAUGCAAGCGUGGGGUCUGUGGGGAGACAUCUUCACCGCCACCGACGCCUACGUAAAGGUCUUCUUUGGUGCCCAAGAGCAGAGGACACACACCGUGUGGAACAACAACAACCCCACGUGGAUGGCACAGAUGGACUUUGGGGAUGUGAGUCUCAACACUGGGACACGCCUCAGGGUGCAGGUCUGGGAUGCAGACAUCAUCAAGCAUGAUGACCUUCUUGGUACCUGUGACAGAGCUCCCUACUCCGGAACACAUGAUGUCAUGUGCCACCUGUCCCACGGGCAACUGAAAUUCAAAUAUCACGUCAAGUGUUUGCCACACCUGACAGGGAAUUCCUGCCUAGAGUACGCCCCCAAAGGACGUCUGGGGGAGCCUCCUGGAAACCGGAGUGGGGCAGUAUGGUGA